ACUCAGUUCAUCUCAUCAUCUCUCUCCUCUAAAUAAAACAGAAAAGUACUAGUCUCUUUGAAACAUUUGGAGAAAUAGGUAGAGAGAUGGAUGAUGUUUUUGUGGGGUUUGGAUUCCGCCCGAGGGACGACGAGCUCGUCGGUUACUAUCUCUAUCACAAAAUUAUGGGCAACACUCGUCUAGUAGAAUGGGCCAUUAACGAGGUCAACAUCUGUGAUUUCGAUCCUUGGACGUUGCGCUUGCAAUCGAAGAUCGAAUCGACGGAUCGUAUGUGCUACUUCUUCUCUCGUAGGGAAAACAAGUACGCUAGAGGGAAUCGACAGAACAGGAAAACGCCUUCUGGAAGAUGGAAACUUACUGGAGAGCAUACUGAUGUCAAGGAUCAGUUUAAGUCUUGGCCUUUGUCUGCAACUGGACACGACAACAAGAUUGGAACUGGAGACGACAACAAGAUUGGUCAUAAAAGGGUUGUACAGUUCCGUCGGGAUAAUGGCAUCGUCGAUACUGAUUGGGUUAUUCACGAGUAUUAUCACGAUACCAUCUUGCCUGAACAUCUGAGGACGACCUAUGUCAUCUGCAGACUUGAGUAUAAGGGUAACGACAAGAGCAUUCUAUCUGCUAAAGCUAAACCAACAGAUCCCUAUCCCUCUUUUGUCCCUGCCAUAAUGACUAAUAGUGCCGGCUCUGUGGUCAACCAGUCAGGAUACUACAACACUUAUUCUGAGUACGAUUCAACAAAUCAUCAUGGCCAGCAGUUUAAUGAAUAUUUAAACAUGCUAGAUCAGUUUCCUCAAUUGGUGUCAUAUGAUGGUGGCCAACAGAUGGUUUUGGAUGAUGAGGUUUAUCCUCCAUACAAUGGGUUAUUGCUAAAUGAGAAUUGCAAUGUUUGCAUCCCCAAAAAACCUGUGACAGGGUUUUUUACCGAUGAUAGCUGUGGUAGUGACACUGACUCUAUGAUUGGCAGCGACAAUUCGAGUGUAACUGAACCGGACCAUACUCCUAUAGAUGAUAAACUAUCAUUGAACACUACUAAGCCUUUGCACAAUUCUGAGGCACAAGAGCAACUGGAGUUGCAUUUGCAAGGACAAGAAAAGGUGAUAAGUAGGCAGGAAAGCAAUCCUGAGUUGGAAAUGGCUGAAGACUCAACAAUCAAGAACACUCCAUCAACCAAAACGGUGAAGCAGGAAUGGGUUGUUUUUGAGGACAUAAGCCGAAGGAAAUCCCAGUGGAUCUAUCUCAAGAACAUGAUCAUUGGCUUCUUAUUGUUUAUCUCCAUCAUUGGCUGGAUCAUUGGGGUUUAACAGGUCGUAUCCGAUUCAUACUCACAUUGCGUCAAGAAUCUAAUAACGGAGAGGGCACAGUGAAAAACAAAUUGUAAUAAUAUAUCACAGUAUUACAAUUUGUUUAUUUUAUUUGCAAAAUUUCAUAUCAUUCUAAGUUUUCUUUUUUAAAAACUGAUGUAAGACUAUCUUCAUCGGUAAGUUUUAGUUGUUUCUUAGUACAUUUCUUAGGUGUAGAUAUUAUUAAUUAAUCAAACAUAAGUUAAGAAAA